GUCACUGGAUAUCAGCAGAAUUUAUGUAGGAUUCCUUGCAGCGAAUAGGCAGUCGCACAGGUAAUACUAAGCUUUCCGCUCAAAUGGGGCGGGAUGAUUUGGAACCGCAUUGUUGUGUCCCGAUGGUCGAUAUACAAAUAUGGACUCUGCAAUACUGGAGAGUUUUGUCCUGCUCAGAGCAGUCACACAGAAUCUGUCAAGCCCUGAAGAUUUGUUGUACUUCUUACUCAGUUAUCUGCCCUUUCAAUUCCAUCAUUUGAUCACCUUCAUCGAAAACCCCUUCAAUAUUGACUGAGUCCCCUCCUUCGACAUGGUAGUAACAGUCCCAACUACAGGGCAGUCUACUGCUUCAAAACAACUUUUUCCAAGCACAGAAGGAACUACUCCAUCGGCACUCGUCAAAUACGAACAAGACAACGAAUCACUUGUAACCGACGAUGGAGAAGAUAGACGAUGGAGAGAGCAAGUUCACAGAGCUGCCGAGGAAACUGGAAAUAGAUACCACAGCUUCUAUCAGCAUUUUGGCUCCAAUAGCAGUUCCGACUCAGUGGACCAAGCCAGCUACGCACAGGUCCCAAGACGCAUACCAGAAACGGUGGUCGAGACCAAUGCAAACCGAUCCAAGCGCAUUGUCUACAUCAAACAUAGACCACUCCGCGAGUGGAUGGAGACGAAGGGUGCAAAGGGUCUCACAUUAAGAGUCCUCAGCCAUCUCCAGAUCGCCGCCCAUUGGGGUCUCGCAGUCGGGCCAUACACGUACGACAUACACCAGAACAAAGGCGCCGUGAUCUUCAGCGUAGGGAAAUGGCGUACCGACGGGCCCGGAGGAAAGAACGUCGUCAAGAUCAAGGAAGUGGGUCUCUCGUGCAUGACCGACAUGGAGAUACUAAGAAAAGCGGAAAGAAUAUUCGAGAAAAUGAGGCCAGACGGCUAUGACGAGAAGUUCAACAACUGCCAUCGUUUCGUCAACGUCCUCGCCGAGCGCAUUUCGAUCCGCGAAGAAGUGCAGCACGUCACGCUUCGAGUGCGUCUGCUAUACAUUUGGAACUCCCUUCCAGCAUCCCAUCUCUUCCAAGCCGGCGAGUACACAAAGCAACUCGUCCGCCUCCCGAAGAAAGUCCUCUUAGAGAACCUCAUCAAGGAGCUACGCUCACACGGUUACUCUGAUCCGUUCUUCUGGGACAACAUAAGAAAGCAAGGGAAGAUCGCGUCGAAGGCGAUUCUCUUCCUCCUAACCGUCGGCGCCAUGACUGUGUUCCUGCAGAUGGCGAGAGCACUGACGCGAUGGGAUCCGGAAGACCCGAAGCAUAGGGAGCUGUACAUCAAGAUGUUUACGGAUUACGUGCCAGGGGUUUCGGAGGAUCUCGCAAACACGUAUCUGCUUUGUGCGUUUGAGGGUCCCAAGGGUCUGCGCAAGGUUGUGGAUAAGUUGAUUACGACGGCGUCGGCGAGUGGUGGUACCCAGGAUUUUCUCAAGAAGAGCUUUAAACAGUUGAAGAACAUCGCUCCGUAG